AUGUUAUAUUAUACAACAUGGUUGGUGGCAAAAUUGGAUCCCAUCAAGUAUAUUUUUGAAAAACCUUUCUUGUUUGGAAGAAUAGCACGAUGGCAAGUUCCACUGUCUGAAUAUGAUAUUGUGUAUGUGUCCCAAAAAUCAAUCAAAAGGAGCGUCAUCGUUGAUUUACUUGUAGAUCGAGUUGUUGAGGAUUAUGAACCUGUGAAGUUCGAUUUUCUAGACGAAGAUUUGAUGGCCAUCUUGCACUUAGAAAAGGAGGGUCCCAACGAACUUAGUCCCUGGAGGAUGUAUUUUGAUGGGGCAUCCAAUGCUUUGGGGCACGGAAUUGAAGUAGUGUUGAUUUCCCCAUAUGGAAAGUAUUAUCCAGCCACAGCAAGAUUGAAUUUCAACUAUACUAAUAAUAUGGCAGAGUAUGAGGCGUUGGUAAUGGGUUUACAAGUAGCAAUCGACAUGAAGGUCAACACGAUAGAGGUUUAUAGAGAUUCGGCUUUAGUGAUAUGUCAAAUGAGAGGUAAAUGGGAAACUAGAGAUUCUAAAUUGGUUCCAUAUCAAAAGCUAGUUAUAGAGUUAAGUAAACAAUUCAAGAAAAUUAGCUUCAAUCAUUUGCCUCAAGAAGAGAACUAG